CUCCAGCGUCGUGUUGUCGUCGUCGUCGCCUCAAAACACGCCCGCGCUCGGACCGCAUUUGCUUCGUCAACAUGGCUCUCAGUAGCGGCGGUGCAGAAGCCGGGCCUUCGUCGGCGCCUGCCGCACAGGCCAACAUGUUGAGCUACCGCGAGCUGCACGACAUCCUCGAGUCAUCGAGCUCGACGACGUCCACGGCUGACAUCAGCAAGCAGCUCCAUGCUCGCCUCGCCAGAUUGACUGCAUGCAACAAGCCGCCAUCGGGUCCCACGCCCGCAUCGAGGUCGAAAGUGACGUCCCCGGCGGCCUUUUCGACGCCCGAUGGGUCGACAAUCAGGCUCGACGCGCUGCAGCAGGAGCUGUGCCUCAACUUUAGCGAGGCGCACCACAUCGAUGAAGUAGAAGCCGCAACGGUCUUGCGCCUCUUUCUCGACAGCCAGGACACGGAUCUCGACGCGUUGGCCAGACACGCCUCCGACGACGCCAUGGCUGGCCUGCCCAAGCGACCACGAAGAGCAAAGCCUAGCAGUCGGCCGCACGUAGACGUCAUGACGGCAUUCAUGGAUGCAUUGACGGCUUUUUACCUCGAGGAGCGGCUUUCGGUGCUGAGGUGCGUCUCUGCCCUUCUGCGUCUGGCAGACGACAGCUACAGCAACCUGCACGACGUGGCCAACGACGUUCUCUCCAACUUUGCCGACGAGGCAUUCGGUCUCGGUUGCCUUGCCCGUUUUCAACAGCUCGCCGCAGAAUCACUUGACGAUGGAAUUCGAGAAAACACGUCGCAGAGCGUCCUGUGGGCCACACACAACCUUCGCGAGCAGGUUGCCCUCCUGGAGGUCGUCACGCUCCUCUACUAUAGCCGUCUCGACCCGUCGGCCAGCUUCGUCUCCAGCCUCCUGGCGGCGAUACGCCAGACCGACUUUGGCAGGAAGCAAGCUGGGGCCGGCUUUCUCGACUCAGAAGGCGCCGGCAUCAUCGACUGCGUAAGUGGGCUGCUCCUCCUCCUCACGAUCGAGAGCCUCGACCUGGAACGAGUCAUGGAUGGCUUCGACUUCUUCUCGCCGCCGCCCAAAGGCAGCCUCCUCGACGCAUCCCACGUCUUUGCCGAUGCUGUCGACUACAUCAAGUCGACGACGGCGGCGGACACGGUUCGAGCGCCUCUGAUGCUCGCCUGGUCCUUCUGGCUCAGCCGAGUGGACCAGGCCAUCGCGGAGUGGAAGGCAGCGAGGCCGACGGAGCAAGUGCCUCGACACCUGAACGCCAUCGAGUCUGCUGCGCUCAAGCCUGCUCCUGCUGCUGCACUGAAGAAGAAGGGACGGGGCGAGCGAGACGAACGCAACGACUUUGAUGAUGACGAAGAAGAGUCGCCCUCGUGGCCCAACUUCGUCUCGGCCGCUCUCAGCUCGGGCAUGGACCUCUUUGGGACAAUGCUGGCCGUCUCGCGAUCGCCCCUCUUUGUCUCCGACAGUCCUAUUUCCUCGCUCGUCUCGCUGCCCGUGUCGACGUCGCUGGCUCUUCGCGCAAUCCUCAAGGGCUUUGUCCUCUCGAUCACCGAGCUCGUCAGGCCGGAAUUUGUCCUUGACUUCAAUGGCCUCGUCGAACUCUGGCAGGCCACCUUUGGAGGAGCGACGCAGGACGGUGCGGGAGGGGCCGAGCUGUGUGCUCAGUUCUGGGAAGUCGACUUUGAAUUCGCGCAGCGUCGUGCUGUCCUCGACACCGCGACGAGGCGGUGGCCCGUCAGCUUCCGACCCCUGCUGGGCCUCUGCAAGGCGCUUUCGGGCGCCUCGAUCACAUCGCCGACGUCCUCGUCGAGCCAGUCGGAUGCCGUCUUGCGAGCGGCGAUGCCCGUGAUGCGCUACCUGUGCGAAAUCGAGAGUCUCGCCCACGUCAUGCCGCCGACGCCUUCGCUCGCUCCUCCCUACCAGCCAUGGGAGGAGCCUGGGUCACCGAAUGCCUACAAGGCCAUCAGGCCGAUCCCUGUCUUUGGGCAACACCUCAUCAUACCUGCAGGUACGGUGGGAAGGAUGGUAUCGGAAGCCGAUGGUGCCCCCGUAGUCGUUUGGGAUGUGUCGGGGCUGGGUAUCAGUGCUUGGCGUCUGAUGCGCGAUGUCCUUGCCAACUUCGUCGGCCUUCUUCCGGGUCAAGCUCCUCCUCGUGCAAGCACAGACGACAGCCGGACAGGCGACGGAGCCGUCUUUGCAGAGCGGCAUGCGCCUGCCAGCUUUGCCACGUUGUCGCCCGACGACGCUGGCGCUCACGAUGCCGAGGCAGCGGCCAAUGCCAUGGAUCUCUUUAGCAGCAUCCUCGCUGCGGGUCCCCAACUCUCGGCUCUUUUACUGGCCCAUCUCGAGGGCGAUGAUGCCAGCGGACUCGCAGAGGUGCAAGAUCCAAGCAUAGACGACAAGCCUAGCCUCCUCAACAUCGCCCUCAAGGUCCUAGACCAGGCGCUCUUGGCACCUGCGACUGCAUCCCGCGUCAUCGUCAGCGCCUACCGCCUCAUUACGCUCGCUCUUGCCUCGCGCCCUUCAGAUAUCUGGGUUGCCAUGCGCUCGUCGAGCGCCCUGAUUGGCUCCAGCGGCCUGUUGCCUUACUCUGUUCGAGGGGCAGGUGCGUCAUCUUCGUCGUCCCUCCUCGCCGAUGAGGUGAGCCGAGGCCAAUUCGACGGCCUGAAUGCGGUUCUCGACCUCCAUCAGUCGCUGCUGGAAGACCUGCAACGGACCCAAUUUUCCAUUUCUGCCGAAGCGUGCCAGCUCAAGGUCGAUGUGAUGCUCCGUGCAGCCCGAUGGAUCUGCCAGGCCGUCUGGAUGGAGUACCAGGGCUGGAAGUACGUCAAGCUGCGACAGCGAAUCGAGAUUGGACGCAAGUGUGUCCACUUCUUUGACACGAUCUUGCGCGAUGGCUGUAUGCGCAAUGCCGCAGAGAGCCCCGCUCAUCGGCUCUCUGAAGCCAUUGAGCAGACCUUUGUGUCGCACGUCAGCCCUCUCCAUCUCGGCCCGCUCGUCGCGACACUGAGCCAGGGUCAGCAGCUCAUCGAUCAGCUCCAGAAAGCGAUUCGACAGGUCGAGGCGGAACAGGCACGUCGGCUGGUGCAGAGCUGCCUUGGCUUUGCCUUUGCCAUCGUCGAGCGACGACGGCUGCUGAAUGCCGAGUCGCUCACGCCCACAUUGGGCCUCUUCGAGCUCAUGGUCUUUGACCAUGCCACGGUGGCGACGAGGAGUGUUACAAUUGCAAGCCGGCGAUCGAAUCGGGUUGAGCUGGCCACCGCCGUCGUUGGCUACAUCCUCCUUCCCUUCUCGCGCCCACUCAGCAUCGAGGCCGUCAGGCUCCUGACCUCUGUCUGUCGGUCUACAGCUGAGGUGGCUGCUGCGUCUUCUGGCGGCAAGGGCACGGCAUCGUCACCACCGACGCUCGUGGGCCACUUGGGUUCGCUGCAAGAUGUCGAAGCAUCCAUGGCUGGACUUGUAGAUGUGGUCGCAAGUCAGGAGCGCGAUGAUGAGCUGCGGAGAGAGACGUGGACGCUGCUCGCGGCCAUCGUCGACACACAGCCAGCCCUUGCAACACUGCUCCUCACAGGCCGUCACCUGGCCUCGGACGUGGAACGGAACAUGGCGAAUUCCUCGUCGUCGGGCAAGAACAAGGCGGAGGAAAGGCCGGCGACAAUGGCGAGGACGGCCAUCGACGUCGCAGUCGAACAUCUGCAGAACUGGGAGCGAUCUUGGGACUCGUCGCCGGCGGUCCUCGAGGCCGUUCUGAGGUUUCUGGGCGUCGCGUGGGCGCACGCUGCCGAACAUAGGUCGGACUUUGCCAGACUAAGGAGCAACAAAUCUAUCUGGAAGUCGUUGGGAGACAUUGCUGUCAAGGACUCUGGGCAGGUGCCUGAUCGGCCGGAGCAAUGGGAGGUGCUGGAGGCGGACGAGGGCGAGCAAGCGCAAGAGCAAAGCGACGAGCAUGUCUCGGUCCAACGCUACGCCCAUCGGACACUGUGUUCGGCGAGAGCCUUGACGCUUCUAGCGGCCGACAUUGAGCUCGCCCCUUCAAUGGCAAGGGCUAAUGCUGAAACAAAGGAACGACAAGAGGAGAGCCUUGAGACAAUUCUCUCGAUCCUGAGCGAUGGCAAUCUUCUACAGACGUCUCUAGUGGCCGCCUUUGACGUCCAAGGCGACGUAGCGAUGCACGCCGAGUUUCAAGCUCGCCUCAAAGCAACCUUCCCAGAGGUGAACCUGGAUGACUUUAGGUACUCGGCGAGGCACGACGACUUUGAUCUUUCAAGACGGUACGGCGACGGCUACUGUUUCGACAUGGGCGCGUUCAGGCUCAGGCUGCAAGGAUUUCUUCCUUCCAUUGAGGAGCAAAGCGAAGAGAUGGCGUUGGAUGAAAGGAGCGGGCUGGACAACGAGUCGCUGAAGCAGGCCUGCCUGCUCGUCGCGGCCAUCAAUCUUGAUUGGAGCAUCAUCGAUGCGAGGACGACAUACAUGCGUGCCUGGACGAGGCUUUUGGAAUCGGUGUCGGAGCCGUACGUCUCUAGAUCGUCGGACUCGAGGCGUGAGGAUAGGCUGAAGCAGGUUCAGACAACCUGCCUGAAGGCGUGGACCAGAUGCGCAGCUGCGACGGCGGAUGAAGAGGCAAACGGCGAUGUCAUCAUGGGCAUUCAUUCCGAGAGAGUAAACUUGCUUUCCGUCCUGCUGGAGCUCUGCUGGGGCUCGUUCUCAGCGAGAGAAGAUGGUCACCAAGAACCGCAAAAGGACUUCGAGCCAGUCGUUGAGGCAGUCGAACAAUCAUGCAGGCUCGUUGGCCACGGCGUCCUCAGAGUCGAAGAGAGUCUCCGCAGUGGCGGUCCAGGCUUUCAUCGAGGCGUGUUUCGCAUCGUCUUGCUUUGCACCCGGCGAAGCAGGAGCCUGCUCAAGCAGCGGGCCGGUGUCCGGUUGGGUAGCGGUGAGGGAAAGCUAAAGGACCAGGGAGGCGAGGACGCACAUCUCCAUCAGCGACUACAUCAAAGUGCAGACCUGUACACCAGCCAGACGAUCACCUGCCUGCGUGUCGCCAUCGACAACGCUUGGGCAGCUCUUUCGAGCGUAGAGCGAUUACAAGGAUACCAAAGUGGCGAACGGCAAGUCAGCGAAGUGGUUCGAGCUUCACCCCUCGUUGAAGCAGCUGAGGACGAUCUCAGGCUGCUCAUGGCCACCUUGGAGCUGCUGCUGCGCGACGACGUGGGCAUCCCGCCGCACACCUGGGCUCCCAAGAUGCAGACUACCGGUCUGCUGCCUGCCGCUGUCGAGCUGUUUGCAAGGGCGCCGCUCACAAUGUCGUCAACGACAAGCACGACGGCAUUGAUGACAAAGAUGAAUAGCAAUGGUGGUGACAGCCGCUCCGACCUCUCCAACACCGAGUUGCUGGCAGCUGGCGCUUGCCCAGUCUUUGGAUUUACCCUUCUGGGCUUCUUCCUGGCGAUGGCCUCGUCGCCGAACACGGCAGAGUCCUUGGCGCUUGCAGGGAUCACCAAUGCACUGUGCGCCAAUGCGCUCUCGAAUCUAUUCGACCAGUCCUCUCCUCUCGAGGAGCAAAAGCCAGCAACAGCGACGAUUCCUCCGCUGCUCAACUCUGGCUAUGAGAAUCCGACGCACACCCUCUGGCUCCAGAUGCUGCGCGUCGUACUCGGCCUCACGCACAACCUAGGCCUGGGCAACGACCGCUACUACGCUGGAACGACGAGUCUGGCCACGGUUGCUCGAUUCGUCGAAAUGGAGCUCCGCGGCUUUCUGCAGGUGUACUGGAUCCAGAUCGAGCGAAGUGUUCUGCAGUUCUCGCCCCUCGGUGCAGCAGCUUCAGGCUCGUCGCUGCGGCGCUUCAACGCUGCUCCUCUGGAGGACUUCGCAACUCCUUCUGUGGCCCCGACAACAUUGACAUUGGGACAGCUCGAUGAGAUGGAGGAGGUCGUCGGCCUCUUCCUGGCUGUGGCCCGUGUCUUUUCGGGGCCGCUGGCUUCGUCAGCUAGCACUUCUGUUGAGGGCAAGCUGCUGGACCUCUUUGUCAAGCGCGCGACCUCAUCGACGCCAAUGCUACAGCAGCUCGUCUACCUCGUCCAGCAUCCUCGGGAGCUGGCUUCGCUCCUGGGCGCCUCGGUCGACAAUUCUGGCUGGACACGGGAAGACGAAGCCGGGUGCGUCGAGCAGAUUGCCAGGAUCGCAGGGCAGAUUGUCAAGAUCGUCUGGGAAUGGACGGGGUCCGUUGAGGUGCUCUGGACAGAGGAAGAGGAGUGGAGCCUGGAUAGCCUCGUGCUGAGCCCCACGAUCAGCACCGUGCCGACGUCGAGUGCCUCGAUGGGGACAUUGCUGGACCUGGCUCAAUUUUUGAGCGAAAAGCUGAGGAGCCUUACGACGAGCGACGAAGCCGGCGGCAAGGACAAGGCCGAGGAUCUUAAGACCGAGGUGGGAGAGUCCCUCGAGCAGACGCUUGCACUGGCAGCUACGCAGCUCGCCAUUGCCGUUCAUGGCCGCCCAUCACCGACGACGAAUGGGCAGACCGCCAUCCAAGAUGACACGACCGCGCAGCCCUCUGCUCCACCAAGGGAGAUCGAGACGGGCCUGGCGCGCGACUUGGAGACGUGCAUCGAAUCGUGCAGGGCCGCAUUGCGGGCCGCAGGUGGCGCGAAAAAGGCGAGCAUGUUCUUGGACAUUGUGGCAGACUUUGGCAAGAGGGUUUUGGCCUCGUCAUAGCCAGUGACUCGGAUGACCAGAGAAGAGAGAGAAAUACAAUUACAUUUUUGCACAAG